GAAUAUCAUAAAACCAAAAGGUAAAUCAUAAAAAUAUUAAAUUUUAUAAGAAAUAUUGUUUUUUUCUAUUGAAGAAGACAAGUUAGAUUCCUCCAAUAUUGGAUUUUAUUGAUUUCAAUUUUUUUUUCGACAUUUUGCUAUCUAGAAACAUAUCUAAUGGCCAUCAACAAGUUUUCAUCUCUUCUAUUGAUUUCAUUGAUGAUGAUGUUUGUUCUCCUCUGUACUCCCAUAUAUUCAGGAGAAAUCAACGACUUAAGGCAUAUAAAAAAUUGUGGAAGGAAAUGUAUUAGCACAGAAAACUGCAAUGAAAGAUGCAUACAUGCAGGAUAUGAAGAAGGAAAGUGUCUAGAUAAUGAGGUAGGUGGCGUUGAAUGUUGUUGUCUAGCAAAACUUAAAUUUCAAGUUGGUUCUUCUAUUCCUAAUUAAUAUGGACCUUACUAAAUAAUAUUUGA